GACACCAAACUUCGCAAGUUCUUUCUGCGGCGUACAUUCCUGCCACACGGAACGCGAGGGCUAUAUAUAAAGUGAGAAAGUUCCUUUAUUCAAUAAACCAAGAAUCGAUUCGCUCUUUUGCGCUCUUUUGCGUCGAUCGCCGUUCGAAUUUCUUUCCUAAAAUUCUGCUCUCGAUUGCAUCUCGUCGAACGCGCAUUCUUCAGCGUUUACAGAGAUUUGCAUGUUGCAUGUAACCUUACGCGAAAACUGAAGUCGCGAAGAUAGAUCGAUUCUGUGGAAGCAACCCCUGAAAGAGACAUCAGAAUUACUAAGUAACCAUCGGAUCGCCAUGCUAGUUUUACCGUUAAUACCAUUUUUUCUAGCGUCAUGCUCGGUUUUUUUCAGGCUAUAAAAUGCCGGAUAUAUUCAAUCCUACGCCCUCAUACAUAUUCCGCAUGCGGGUAGACACGUUAUUCAUCAACAAAUCAGAAACACGCGUUAAUAGGGAGGGCAACGCCGGCCUGGAGUUCUAUCUGAAGUGUGAGUCGUAUAAUUUGGAUAAUCUAAAAUGUCACAUCCAGAAGACCAUUUCUUAUCUACCGAGCCCUGACUCCAUUCACCAGGUGGAAAAUAACUUUUUCACGCUAUCAUCCCUUCAAUUUACCGGGAUACGUUUCCGAAUGGAAUUCGAUGUUAAAGGAGUAAAGAGUUAUCAUUUUCUUGCGGAAAACGUGGAAAACAAGGAGACUCUGUUGACAAUAUAUCAGACCAUUGGGGAUCAACUGAGCGUCGGUACUGACCUCAGGACAAAGGAUUUUGAAUUCACCGCAAUAGAGAACUCCGUUAUCGGCAAAUGCCCGGCAGAUUACGAUAUCACUACAGUUAAGUCCAUGAAUAAUAACGAAAUUGAGCUGGUCUCCUUUCUUGCGAGCGAGGGUUAUGAGUUGAACGAGCACGAAACGUUCUUUAUUAAAAAAGUAAGACGUGUGAACGAAUGCUACCCGAAGAACAAUUAUAUCCUCGGAAAGAUCUUAUGGGACGACCUCAUAACAUCGAAUGACAUCGUGAGGCUGUCAAAUUCGCGUACUGAAAUGUUGUUUGGUCUGGGCGAAUUCACCAGCGUGACUUUGAAUACGUUUAUGCUCCAUAAUGCAACAAAUGGGAAUGCUGGUGUUGUUCUAGAAACAAUUAGAUUAACAUUGGAUUCAAUAAACUGAAGAACAUCCCAGGAAUAUCAUGUUGAUUUGUUAAAUCAAACGCUGAGGGUUACGCUCAGUGACCUCAAUUUGGCAACGAGCAAAAUUACAUGGAGGACAUAUUUUUAAUUCGUUUUUAAAAUAUUGUUGACAUGCGGCAUUAAACUACAUAAAAUGUUAUAAUUAUUAUAACUACGUAAACAUGAUAUAUAUCUUACUCUUUUAAAUCAAACGCUGAGGGUUACGCUCAGUGACCUCAAUUUGGCAACGAGCAAAAUUACAUGGAGGACAUAUUUUUAAUUCGUUUUUAAAAUAUUGUUGACAUGCGGCAUUAAACUACAUAAAAUGUUAUAAUUAUUAUAACUACGUAAACAUGAUAUAUAUCUUACUCUUUUAUGUCCUUGGUAACUUAUUACUGGCAUAGGUAACGAUAUACAGCGUUUAUGUUUCUAUCUAUUCUUUAAUAAAAUUUAUAAUGUUACCGCUUGAUAA